AUGAUUCAGAAAAUUAAUGCGACUUACUUAGAUGACUUAAUAUCUCACAUAGAUGGAGCAUUAAAGAGAAUACGGGAAUGUUGCCCGAAUCUGGUGUACGUGAGUCUGUUAGGUAAUCCAGGAUGUCCUGAUCAAUUGACCAAUCCAACCACAGAGGAAGCAGAUUACAACCGAUACAGAUUAUACGCUAUAUAUUUGUUGCCUUCGAGUUUACGAUUUCUCGAUUCACGUCCAGUAACACGUGAAGAGAAAAUCGAUGCGGAAAUUCGUGGCAAAUACUCGAAAACUGUGAAAUUUGGCCCUGAAUUGUCGCCAAAAUUCGUAUCAAACUCAAUCGAUGAGAUCGAUGAUAUAUUUUUCAACAUACAUUACACUCCUCUUCCAACAUCGAUUCGAGAUCCCGAUGACCAUAAAGGUGCUUUUGGAAAAUGUAAAUAUCGAUACUCUGGCAAAAAUUCCGAAGGAAAUCGAUUUAUCUCCAACAACGAUCUUUGAACGUGAGCCUAACGAGUCAAAAGCUACCUUCGUAAGUAAGUUACCGUCGUGUGUUUCUAAUAAAUCAUAAAAACAGCAGUUAGGAAUGUGUAGAGUGACUACCAUGUAAAGCUGUAGCACAAAUUGUAUCUUAUUUUUAUAUGUAGUAUACGAUAUAUUCAGCUCCGAUCUACGUGCCUGAUCUCGCGUGUGUUUGACUUAUUACUUUAUAAUCGUUCGUUACGUUUUUAUACAUUGUUAUUCUUUUUGUAUGAUAUAAUAUACGUAUGUACUUACAUAUUAAAGCAUAAUUCAAAAUAAAUAAACGUAUAAAAUUUUUAUUAUCAUGUA